AUGGGUGCCGCGGCCGCUGAGGCGCCGCUUCGGCUGCCUGCCGCGCCCCCGCUCGCCUUCUGCUGCUACACGUCGGUGCUUCUGCUCUUCGCCUUCUCUCUGCCCGGGAGCCGCGCGUCCAACCAGCCCCCGGGUGGCGGCAGCGGCGGCGGCGGGGACUGUCCCGGUGGCAAAGGCAAGAGCAUCAACUGCUCAGAAUUAAAUGUGAGGGAGUCUGAUGUAAGAGUUUGUGAUGAAUCGUCAUGUAAAUAUGGAGGAGUCUGUAAAGAAGAUGGGGACAGUUUGAAAUGUGCAUGUCAAUUUCAGUGUCAUACAAAUUACAUUCCUGUCUGUGGAUCAAAUGGGGACACUUAUCAAAAUGAAUGCUUUCUCAGAAGGGCUGCUUGUAAACACCAGAAAGAGAUAACAGUAGUAGCAAGAGGACCAUGCUACUCCGAUAAUGGCUCUGGAUCUGGAGAAGGAGAAGAGGAAGGGUCAGGGGCAGAAGUUCACAGAAAACACUCCAAGUGUGGACCUUGCAAAUACAAAGCUGAGUGUGAUGAAGAUGCAGAAAAUGUUGGGUGUGUAUGUAAUAUAGAUUGCAGUGGCUACAGUUUUAAUCCUGUGUGUGCUUCUGAUGGGAGUUCCUACAACAAUCCUUGUUUUGUUCGAGAAGCAUCUUGUAUAAAGCAAGAACAAAUUGAUAUAAGACAUCUUGGUCAUUGCACAGACACAGAUGACACUAGUUUGUUGGGAAAAAAAGAUGAUGGACUACAGUAUCGACCAGAUGUAAAAGAUGCUAGUGAUCAAAGAGAAGAUGUUUAUAUUGGAAACCACAUGCCUUGCCCUGAAAACCUCAAUGGUUACUGCAUCCAUGGGAAAUGUGAAUUCAUCUAUUCAACUCAGAAGGCUUCUUGUAGAUGUGAAUCUGGCUAUACUGGACAGCAUUGUGAAAAGACGGACUUUAGUAUUCUUUAUGUUGUGCCAAGUAGGCAAAAGCUCACUCAUGUUCUUAUUGCAGCAAUUAUUGGAGCUGUACAGAUUGCCAUUAUAGUAGCGAUUGUCAUGUGCAUAACAAGAAAAUGCCCUAAAAACAACAGAGGACGGCGACAGAAGCAAAACCUAGGUCAUUUUACUUCAGAUACGUCAUCCAGAAUGGUUUAAACUGAUGACUUUUAUAUGUACACUAAUCAUGUGAUGUACAUUUAUUAUGUCUUUUUUUAAAGAAUGGAAAUAUUUAUUUCAGAGGCCUUAUUUUUGGACAUUUUUAGUGUAGUACUGUUGGCUCGUAUUUAGAAUAUUCAGCUACAACAGUUUUGGACUGUUUAGUAGUCUUUGUUUUAUGUUUUUAAAUACAGAAAUUGAUUUCACAAAUUUAUACCACAUGGUAAUUCUAAGACUUAUUCUUUACCCAUGGAAUGUAAUAUUUUUGCAAAGAUGGACCACUUCACAAAUGGUUAUAAAGUCAUACCCACUUCUUCCACAAUGACCACAACAAAUGACCAAGCAUGAACUAAAGGUAAAGAUGUUUACAGAUUACUUUUCUUACAAAAAAAAAAGAUAAAAAA